AAGAGAUGUAUACACAGUAACCGAAAAACAUAGUAUUAUAGGCGCCAUUUUUGCACCUUUUUUUUUUCUCCUUCUUGUGUGUGUGUAUUGUGUGUCACUUUAUUGUUGUAUUUGCAUUCCUAUUUUUCUUCUCCUCCUCUAUUUUCCCCCUUUUUUCUCUCUUAUCCAAUAAACCAAUAUCCAAAUGUCCAUUUAUUAGUUUCUUUAAUCAGUUCUAAGACUUGUACUACUUCACCUCAUUUAUGUACAAGUUCUACAAAGAUCUGAUGGGGAAAAACAAGUUUUUUUAGAGUGUUUUUGAGUGGAUUUUUGGUGGGGUUUGUGAAUUUCUGGAAAUUAAGCUGAAUUGGGAAGUGGGGUUUUGAAAGUUUCUGGAAAUCAAACUGAAUUGGGACUGGGUGUUUUUUUGAAAAGAUUUGGCAUUUUCUUGAUUUGGGGUUUGGUUUGAUAAAAAUAUUAAUUGAAUUGGAAGUGGGGUUUUGAAAAUUUUGAUGUUUUCUUGAUUUGGGGUUUGAUUUGAUUAAAAAAAAAUUCAAGUUUUUACUCGAAUUUUAUGGAAAUUGAGCUGAAUUGGGAAGUGGGGUUUUGAAAAAAUUGAUAUUUUCUUGAUUUGGGCUUUGAUCUGAUUAAAAGAAUCAACUUUCCCCCUAAUGUAUACUUGAAUUUGAUGGGUUUUGAAUUUUUUUCUGGAAAUUUGAGCUGAAAAAUUUGACAAGAAUCAAGUUUUUUCCCCUGUCUUGAAGUUGAAUUUUUGGUGGUUUUUGUAAUUUCUGGUAACUGAUUUUGGCUAAGGUGCUUAAAUUGAGCUGAACUUGAAGUGGGGUUUUGAAAUUUUUGACAAAUUCUUGUUCUGCAAACACUGAUAUUUGUUGAAAAAUUUGACAGUUUCUUGCAAUUGGGUUAGUGAUUGACCUUGUUGUGCAAACUGUGAUGGGUGUCUUGUUGUUAACCCUUCUUGUAAGUGAAAGGUGAUCAAUAGUGGAAGAGAGAGAGAGUAAAAACGGUGUCUUUUGGGGGUAUUUGCUAUAUUAAAUAAAUUAAAAAAGGGGCAAUUAGUUGUGAUAUAUCUGUUCUUUAAUGUUUAUAACAUCUGUGAAGUUGCCUUUCCUGGAUAUAAAGGGAAAAAGGGGUAAAGGGGAAGUUUAAAUUAGUUGCUGUUGUUAUUUUACACUGUAGUAAUUUGUGGUGUUAUAGCAUUGUUUCAAGAACUAGUUUAUAUGCGUGAGUGUUGAAGAAUUGCUGAAAAGUUGAUAACUUUUUGAGGGUGAAAGAUAUUUUGGAGUUGAAGUGGAUUAGGAUUUGCAUUAGUAGUCUGUUUAUUGGAUUUUUUUUGUUUUUCGAUUGUGUGAUAAUGAUGAAGUUAUUGGAUUGAAGUAGAGGAUUGGUUAAUAGACUUUGAAGACUGAACAAGGGUAUUUGUACGGAUUCGAAUAGGGGUAUAGGGUGUUUGAUUGUUUUGUUGUUCUGGAGUGCUUACUGAAUAUAGUCCGGGGCCUCGGGAUGGGGUCCUGCUUGUCAUCUGAUAGCAGGAGUCCUCAUCCCGGUUCUCCUGCAACACCAGUUAGGAGGAGGAGGAGCUCAAAAAGGAGGUCGGGAUCGCGGAAUUCUUCCUUUGACUAUCAUAAGGAAGAACUGCUGCAUAGGAUUCCCGGGCGUAUGUUCUUGAAUGGUUCUAGUGAGGUGGCUUCACUCUUCAGUCAGCAGGGCAAGAAAGGGACUAAUCAAGAUGCUAUGAUUGUGUGGGAGAAUUUCGGUUCCAGAGAAGAUACUGUAUUCUGUGGAGUUUUUGAUGGCCAUGGUCCUUUUGGUCAUAUGGUUGCAAAGCGAGUCAGAGAUGCUCUUCCCUUAAAGCUAAGCACACAUUGGGAAGUUAAUAUAAAAAGUGAAGAUGUUCUAAGAGAGAUCAGUCUCAACACGGGGAGUAGCCUAUAUCCCGAGGAUGCUUUCCUCAUCGCAGGUGAGGAGUCGAGACUCUCCAUUGAUGUUGAAGAGACUGAAAAGCACCUAGAGGUAUUUCGAACAUUGAAAGAGUCAUUUCUGAAGGCUUAUAAGGUUAUGGAUAGAGAACUCAGAAGCUAUACGAAUAUCGAUUGCUUCUGUAGUGGAACAACAGCUGUAACCCUGGUUAAACAGGGUAAGAAUCUCGUUAUUGGUAAUAUUGGGGACUCUAGAGCUGUGCUGGCUACGAGAGGCGAGGAUGAUUCUCUCACUGCAGUGCAAUUGACAGUAGACCUUAAGCCGGAUUUACCAGCGGAGGCUGAGAGGAUUCGCAAAUGUAAAGGGCGAGUGUUUUCUCUUCAAGAUGAACCAGAUGUUGCAAGAGUGUGGAUGCCAAAAAACGACUCUCCUGGACUUGCCAUGGCUCGUGCUUUCGGAGAUUUUUGCCUCAAGGAUUUUGGUGUCAUCUCAGUUCCUGAAAUUUCUUAUAGACGUUUAUCCGAGAAAGAUGAGUUCAUUGUUGUGGCGACAGAUGGGAUUUGGGACGUGCUUUCAAACGAUGAAGUAGUAAACAUUGUGGAUUCGGCUUCAUCUCGUUCAUCUGCAGCUCGAUCACUCGUUGAAGAAGCCGUUCGAGCCUGGAAGAUCACGUACCCAACUUCUAAAGUCGAUGACUGUGCAGUUGUCUGCCUUUUUUUCGAUUCGAACUCAAAUAAUUUCUCUACUGCUUCUGCAAAAGCCAAAGACAAGACUUUCAUGUCGAUGGAAAUGACAGAAGUUAUCAGCAACGCAGAUGGUGCCUCUAGUCCUCUUGCGUUUAAUCGCUCAAGUACUCUCCGAGAAGGUGAAGAAGUUUCAGCAGCCAGCAAAGACGAACCCUCGGAACAGGACGAGUUGCUACCAAAGACGGGGAACGAAUCAUCUCCCCUCAACGGGGUGUCUCGAGUGAACACAGUAAUGACAUUACCAAGAUUUGUCCCAGACAAAGCUGUUGGAGGAUCAAAAUCAAAGAAGAAAUACUAGUAAAAACUUCACCCCACCAAGCGUUACACCAAACCAAUAGAUGCAUGACAUGCGUCUGCAGCGACUUCCCUCGACUAUGGUUAAUAUUAUAUUAUCAUCUCGUCAAAUCACUUAACCAUGGUAAAUCGACGGGUAAACACAUGUCAUGUGUCUAGGUGUUAGUAAGUUAUUAUCAUGUCCAAGCCUUAAUUUCCAUUAUGUUUAGUUCUUAUAUCAGUUUAUUCACUGUAAUAAUUCUCUCUGUAAUGUGUGUAAUAGUAGUCAUAGAUGUUUUACCAGAAAAGGGGAAAAAAACUAGUAGCUAUUAUUUUUUUUUGGUUCUUUUCUCUUGUAAGAAUUGCAGGGGUGUAUGGUUAUAAUUUUUGAAUUUUGUGCGAACAAA